GGUUCCAGGAACUAAACAUGGCUACCAGCUUGGGCAGUUUACGAAGUGGUGGUGUUACUAGUGUACAAUCUUUACAAUCUAGUACAACUUCUGCAACAUCAUCUGCAACGGCGACAUCUUUAGGUGGAAUACAAAGUGGAAACGGAAAUGAGAAGAAAAAUGUUAAAGAUAAACAGUUGCCUGAUGGGUUAAAUAAUCUGGUUAAUCAAUUAAAAGAUUAUAUUAAAAAACAAAAGAGUAUAAAAGAUGAAAUUGAACGGCAGUCCAUUAAAUCAUUUAAGAAAGUCAGUGAUGAAACCAGCAAGUUAAGAAAGGAUGUAUCUUGGGUCUCAAGCAGUAUUCAGAAGGAUGCUAGUGCUGUUGAAAGUCUGAAAAGUGAACUAAGUCAGGAAUUAAUAAAUGCAGAAGUUGCACAACAGACUAGCAACACUCCUUUGGCGUUCCAACACGAGAACAUGGCCCCCCGGGAGUACUACCAGAGAUUGAUUGAAUCAUUUGAAGAAAGAAUGUUUUCAUAUCGAAGACAAGUUGAAGAAGUUGAGAGUCAUUUAGCUUCACUUCAAAAACCACAAAGCGUUUCACCACAAGAAAUUUCUAUUGUCAUGAAGAAACUCCAUGAAACUUUCAUAACUUUGGCAGCCAGAAUGCACGAGACUCAUGAAGCUGUGAAGCUGGAAAAAGAGCGCUACCUAGCUUACCGUGAGAGGGUAUUUGGUGACAGAACAAACGUCUUUGAGAAAAGAAGAAAUGUACCUGAUGAAAGACAAUAUACUUCGGUGGAUCUACCAAGAACAACUCUUGGGCCUUCACCAUUUAAUCUUCACAACAAUGUAAAUCGGUCGUUGUUUAAUCCUGUUGCAACACUUCAAGGUGGUGUUAGAAUGCCUGCCACGGGCGUGGCUGCUGGAUUUGGUUCUGCAUUUGGUAAUACAUCAUCCCUGGCAGCAAAUUCUGCUGCAGUUGGUGGCUUUACUCCAUUUGGUGGUUCAACACUUAGCCAAACUCCGUUUGGUACUUCAACUGGUCUUGGCACUUCCUCCGGCUUUGGACUCACCAAUUCUGCUCUAGGAAAGAGUAUUGGUUCAAGUGGUUUUGGGGGCUUGGGAAAUGGUAGUUUUGGGACUACAUUUGGUGGCUCAACGAGUUCAUUACAACUUCAGAAACCACCAGCUGGGGGUAAACGAGGGAAGAAUGAGGCAAAGUGAAACAAAGAAUAUGUACAGGUAGUUGGUGUGGAAAGAGGACAUGUUUUGCUUGGGUCAUAGACGAAAAGCUAUUUUCUUUCCUUGCCUAUUUUCAAUAGGUCAGAUAACAGAUUUAAGAGUGGCACAAUUUUAGGAAUUUUGAAGUCAAAACAAUUAAACGGUUGACAAUUACUGAAAUGUGUGGUACACUACUCCAUACUAGUCCAUACUACUUUUAACUACUAGCGUGUUAAAGGGAAACACGUUUGUAUUGACGAUGGUUUAUUUAAAAAACAAAUUCUCACUUAUUGUACAUGACAUUUGUACUGUAUCAGUGUAUGGUUACACAUGUGCCAAACUACGUGCCCGUACUUGAGCAAAAUAUUUCGUCAAAACCGAAGCCGGAGGCUAAUAGCCUUCGUCAGCAUACAACCUACAUCGUGUGGUAAAGAUCCUUAGUUCUAAACAUUGAAAAGAUGUUGUCCAUCUCAGGAAGUCGUUGUACCACAUUUAUUCAAUAUAUUUGGAAUCUAAGAUGAAAUGUUGUUUGUUGAAAUGUAUGAUGUUUUAUGGAGUCGCGAGCUUGAACUUUUAAAUUCACUCUCAACUUGACACCUUUGGCUUUGUCAUUUGAUGGCUGAAGUCGCCAUAAUUUUUCCUUAUCUGGGUUUUUAAGUCUGUAAAUAGACGAAAGAACCUGUAGCACAUGGUUGCAUCUGGAAAUUUGCAAUGAUAAUACUAACUGAGCCGACGAAAUAGUAAAAAAUGUUUAAAACAGAAUUGGUCAGAUCAUAUAUAUUAAAUGUUGAUGUUAGAUUUAUAGCCUCGACACAUGGCCUCUACUGGCUCAGCGGCUCCGGGAACGAUUUCGUGUGAAAUAUUUUUUAUACUGUAUUCUAGACAAUUCUAAUUUGUCUGAAAGCUGUGGCCUGUGUUGAUUUCCUUCCAUUCACACUUGAGAGUUGGUAACUCAUUUUGGGGCUAUUCUUAUGUAGACAUGAAUCAAUUAGAUAUUUUAAUUUACAAAUAUCUCAUUCAUGCAUGUUGGACGUUCUAGUUGUUCCAUGCAGUUAGUAAGGAAUAUAUUUAUCGGUGAAAACGCAAACCGUCUCAUGAAAAUUGUAGAAAAAUA